AUGUCUCCCUUUGAGUUCGUGAUCGUUGGCAGUGGCCCAGCUGGCAGCGCCCUCGCUGCUCGACUGGCCAAAUCGCCUGCUCAACCCCGUGUCCUUCUCCUGGAGGCAGGCGAGAGCAAAGAGGAUCGUAAUCUCCGCGUAGACGGGCAGCGCUUCACCACAUUUCAGGACCAGUCUAUGAACUGGGGCUAUAAGACUUCCCCGCAAAAAGAUUGCAAUGAUCGUGAGAUUGACUACAGUCGCGGUCGGUGCAUGGGCGGAUCCAGUGCCAUCAACUUCGGCGUUUACAGUGUCGGCGCACGUGACGACUACCAAGAGUGGGCGCGUAUCGUUGGCGAUGAGGAUUUUGCGUGGGAAAAUAUCCAGAGGAGGUUCAAGGAGCUGGAAACUUUUCAUGGAAAGAUUCCGGAAGGGUUGAGUAACAAGUAUGCGGAUCCAAAGUCGGAGAAUCAUGGGAGUGAAGGCCCGUUGCACGUAGGCUUUGCCCGCGAGUGGGAGAGAGAUUUCACGGAACUCUUGGAUGUUUUUGAGGAAGCUGGAUUUCCCCUCAACCCAGAUCACAACUCGGGAAAUCCAAUUGGAAUGUCAGUGUUGAUCAAUUCGGCGUCAAACGGACUGCGCUCCACGGCGGAGGAUCUUGUGAUUGGGUAUGAGAAAGACAACUUGACCAUCAUUACUGGGGCACCGGUGCAACGUGUUCUCCUGGAAGGAAAGAAGGCCGUGGGUGUUGAAUCAAAUGGCAAGAAAUACUACGCCACCAGGGAAGUUAUCUUGUCCGCCGGCUCGCUGAAUGACCCUCGCAUUCUGAUGCAUUCCGGCAUUGGCCCCGCCGCUCAACUAAAGGCCCAUAACAUUGAUGUUGUCCUGGACGUUCCUGCCAUCGGCCAGGGGCUUCGUGAUCAUUGCUUUGUGCCCAUGGUGAACACUCGUACCGACAGCAGCACGGAUCGAAAAUCUUUCUAUGGUUCGCAGGCAGCUAUGGAUGCGGCGCAAAAGCAAUGGCAAGAGAACGGGACAGGGCCAUGGGCAAAAUUUGCCUGUGAGCUGGGUAUUGGAUGGUUCAAGCUCACCGAGCAGCUUACCUCCUGGCCAGAAUUCCACGCCCUCUCGAAAGGCGAACAGGCUUAUCUUCUCCAGGAAACUGUCCCACACUACGAAAUUAUCACACAUUUCCCCAUCCAUUGGUUUAUUCCGGAUUUUCCUUCCGAGGCGCUAAAUUACUCUUGUUUACUUGUCUUCUUGUUCAACGCGCAGACUCGUGGAGAAGUUACACUGCAGUCAACAGAUCCCGAUGCUCCGCUCCGGUUCAACCCUAAGUUCCUUGCGCAUCCAUUCGAUCGUCGGCUCGCGGUAGAGGCCCUUCGGGACUCCUUCCGGAUCGCUAAGCAUGAGUCAUACACGAAGGAUAAUUUGGCCGAGCUGGCGAUGCCCAAGAGCGAAUCAGACGAGGACCUUCUGGAGUAUUGGCGCCAGAACAUUUCUUCCAGUUGGCAUAUGACGGGGACUGUGAAAAUGGGCAAGAAGGGUGACUUGGAUGCCGUCGUUGACCCUGAGUUCAAGGUGAUAGGCAUUGAAAAUCUAAGGGUCGCUGAUAUGGCCGUUGUACCAGUGUUAGUCAAUGCCCAUGUUCAGGCUGCGGCAUACAUCACUGGUGUAACUUGCGCAGAGAAAUUGGUUAAGGAGUACAACCUUGCUUAA